CCGCCGCCAGUCGCUCGCUCGCUGGCUCCGGGUCUCUCUCGGGACGUCUGCGCGUCCAGACCCCGGGACUGCGAGGGCGCGGGAGCUGGCGGGCGCCGUCGGGGCCCGGCGCCCGCAGGGAUGGGGGGCGAUCGGCAGGAUUACUACGGGAAGCACGGAACUCCCCAGAAGUACGAUCCUACCUUCAAAGGACCCAUUUACAACAGGGGUUGCACGGAUGUCAUCUGCUGUGUGCUGCUUCUUCUGGCCAUUGUGGGUUAUGUGGCCGUGGGCAUCAUAGCUUGGACCCAUGGGGACCCUCGAAAGGUGAUCUAUCCUACUGACAGCCGCGGGGAGUUCUGCGGGCAGAAAGGCACAAAAAAUGCGAACAAACCCUUCCUAUUCUACUUCAACAUUGUGAAGUGUGCCAGCCCUCUGGUCCUGCUGGAAUUCCAGUGUCCCACCCCACAGAUCUGUGUGGAGAAAUGCCCCGACCGCUACCUCACCUUCCUGAGUGCCCGAAAUAGUCGGGACUUCGAGUACUACAAGCAGUUCUGUGUUCCUGGCUUCCAGAACAAUAAGGGUCUGGCAGAAGUGCUUCGAGAUGGUGACUGCCCUGCUGUUCUCACCCCCAGCAAACCCUUGGCCCGGCGCUGCUUCCCAGCCAUCCAUGCCCGCAAAGGGGUCCUCAUGGUGGGCAACGAGACGACCUAUGAAGAUGGGCACGGCUCUCGGAAGAACAUCACAGAACUGGUGGAGGGUGCCAAAAAGGCCAAUGGCGUUCUGGAGGCACGACAGCUGGCCAUGCGGAUAUUUGAAGAUUAUACCGUCUCUUGGUACUGGAUUGUCAUAGGCCUGGUCAUCGCCAUGGUGCUGAGCCUCCUUUUCAUCAUCCUGCUGCGCUUCUUGGCUGGCAUUAUGGUCUGGGUGAUGAUCGUCAUGGUGAUUCUGGUGCUGGGCUAUGGAAUAUUUCACUGCUACAUGGAGUAUGCCCGGCUGCGUGGGGAGGCCGGCUCUGAUGUCUCCCUGGUGGACCUUGGCUUCCAGACAGACCUCCGGGUGUACUUGCACUUACGGCAGACCUGGAUGGCCUUCAUGAUCAUUCUGAGCAUUCUUGAAGUGGUCAUCAUCUUGCUGCUCAUCUUUCUCCGGAAGAGAAUUCUCAUCGCCAUUGCACUCAUCAAAGAAGCCAGCAGGGCUGUGGGAUACGUUAUGUGCUCCCUGCUGUACCCUCUGGUCACCUUCUUCCUGCUGUGUCUUUGCAUCGCAUACUGGGCCAGCACUGCUGUCUUCCUGUCCACUUCUAAUGAAGCUGUCUAUAAGAUUUUGGAUGAUGCCACCUGCUCACUAGCUGGGAAAACCUGCAACCCUGAGACCUUCCCUUCCUCCAAUGAAUCCCGCCUAUGCCCCAACGCGCAUUGCCAGUUCGCCUUCUAUGGCGGUGAGUCCGGCUACCACCGCGCGCUGCUGGGCCUGCAGAUCUUCAAUGCCUUCAUGUUCUUUUGGCUGGCCAACUUCGUGCUGGCGCUGGGCCAGGUCACACUGGCUGGGGCAUUUGCCUCCUACUACUGGGCCAUGCGCAAGCCAGACGACCUGCCAGCCUUCCCGCUCUUCUCUGCCUUUGGCCGGGCACUCAGGUACCACACAGGAUCCUUGGCCUUUGGCGCUCUCAUUCUGGCCAUUGUGCAGAUCAUCCGAGUGAUUCUUGAGUAUUUGGAUCAGCGCCUGAAAGCUGCGGAGAACAAGUUUGCCAAGUUUCUCAUGACCUGUCUCAAGUGUUGCUUUUGGUGCCUGGAGAAGUUCAUCAAAUUCCUCAACAGGAAUGCCUACAUCAUGAUCGCCAUCUAUGGCACCAACUUCUGCACCUCGGCUAGGAAUGCCUUCUUCCUGCUCAUGAGAAACAUCAUCAGAGUGGCCGUCCUAGACAAAGUUACCGACUUCCUCUUCCUGUUGGGCAAACUUCUGAUCGUGGGCAGUGUGGGAAUCCUUGCUUUCUUCUUCUUCACCCAUCGGAUCAGGAUCGUGCAAGAUACAGCACCACCUCUCAAUUAUUACUGGGUCCCAAUACUGACGGUGAUUGUUGGGUCCUACUUGAUUGCCCAUGGUUUCUUCAGCGUCUACGGCAUGUGUGUGGAUACGCUAUUCCUCUGCUUCUGUGAGGACCUUGAGAGGAAUGACGGCUCUCAGGAGCGACCCUACUUCAUGUCGCCCGAGCUGAGAGACAUCCUGUUAAAGGGGAGUGCGGAGGAGGGCAAGCAGGAGGAAGUCGAGGACUAGAGAUGGAGGAUCUGGAGAGAAACGACGGGUCAGCUGAGAGGCCUUACUUCAUGUCUUCCACUCUCAAGAAGCUCUUGAACAAGACCAACAAGAAGGCGGCAGAGUCCUGAAGGCCUGGCCUCCCCUGCCUCUCCAGAGCCCUCCAACUGGGUGCUUGGUCGGCGGCUUGGGUCAGUACCCCCAGCCCAUCGGAGUGGCCUGAAGUCCUGUCACUGCCUCUCUGCCCCCUCUUCAUGAUCUAGUUACUGCCAGUUUCUGGGGACCUGGAGGAUCUGGGGUAUCUCUUCCCUAUGCCAAGGGGUGCUCGGAGUUUCCACAGCAGCCCUGCAAGACUGAGAUGACAUGAGUCACUUUAGCUCUCACUGACCUGGAUGGGGACAAAUCCGGUGUAGCCUCUUGACGCCUGGGAUGGGAGGUGGCCAGACUUCUGCCAGCUCCUUCAUGCUUUCUGUCCUCUUCUUAGACCACAGUGGGAGAACAAUGGGAAGGACUGAGAUUGUAUAUGAGAGAGCAGCGGCUAGGCUGAACUUGAGUUCCAAGUUCCCCCUGCCUCUCUAGCCAGGACUGAAACCCAUCUCCACGGCUGAACCAUUGGCUCAAGGGCCGCCGGAUGCAUUUCUUUAUUAUUAUUAUUUUUUAACUUGGACAUUCAUUAAAGGGUCUAUUAGCUUUUAUUCCAUCUGUCUCCACAGCUGGGAUGGAGCUGCCAGGGAGUGCCUUCAUUUGUCCCCACCCUCUACUGGGUGUGGCUGGGCUGGGAGUGUGUGCUUGCAGUAACUAAGUCCCGACUGGAGAGGACAUAUUGGGGGGGACUCAUUGAGGAGAGCCCUUGAUGAGAGGAGAUGGGGCCAGAUGUUGGGAGUGGCAGCAGGAAUUGGGCUUGACCACCAGAGCACGCCAAAAGAGAUGCUAAUGAUGCUUAAUGGAAACCUGCUGGCCUGUUGCCUGGCUGGAGAAUUGGACCCGAUGCCUCCCGCCUCCCGCCCUCGCCCUCGUUUGCCAGUUAUUGACACUGCUCUCUUUGUAAGAGAGAAAAGAAACUGUAUCCACCUAAGGGAUGGUUUUCAGGGGACAGGGGUGGGUGGGGCAGGUGCCCUGAGCUAACAGGGCCCUCUGCCUACUCGCCUACCUUGGGGAUCCUUUUGCCAAACUGUUGAAUUCAGGGGACCCAGUUGUCUGGUUCCCCCUUUGCCCACCACAAACCCAGCAACCCCUACCCCCACUUCAUGCCUUCACCCAUGGGCACCAUCAGCACUGUCCAUCAGGAUCCUGGAGAGGGAGGAUUCCCAGCCUGUGGUCUCCUGUCUCCGUGCCUGCCACCUGCCAUCCCCUUCCUGUCUGCCCAGCUCUAUGCAUCUGUUAAUUGCAUUCCAACCACUAAUAAAGUGCCUAUUGUACAGGUC